UUUCCACGGAGAUCCUUCCUGCAGGCGAGGCGGUCAAAAGGGCAUGGUGAAAUCAGUGAGCUGAAAAGCUCUGCUGCCACUGCCGGCCGCUACGGAUCAACCUUUCCAGUUCUCACUGUCACGGUCCGCGGCCGUAGUCCCGAGCGCGCAGGACCAGCUUCGGCUGCUUCCCCCGACCCGUUUCCUCUCUCCCCUUCCCUUCCACCACGCCAGCGCCAGCGCCAGCGCCAUCGCCAGUGCCAGUGGAUCCUCUCGCUCGGCUGCAGAUUUUUGCUUCCUGCUCCUCCUGCAGAGGUAGCUCGUGCAGCACUUCUCCUGUUCUUCCUUCUCCCUCGGUGACAGGGGAUAUAAUGUGCGGCCCGGCUGUCUGCUUCUAGGACGAAUUUGGGAGAAAUAGGAAGCCAAACAUGUUCGCUUUCUCGCGCCGCCGAAUGAAGCUUGGAAGGUCCAAGGGCCACAAGAGUGAUCCUUUGCACGGCUCUAGGAGCCCUGGGGGGCACCUCAGCCUGUCAAAUGGCGGUGACCCGAUCACAGCAUCGGUAAGUGGCCGUGCAGAUGACCUUGCUUACCGCUGCUCUUCUGAUUCAUUUGAUCUCGAUGCCCGUGCAUUGGAUAGCUCGGAGAAUUGGGAUGUGUUGCCCACAGAGGGCGACAAACCUGCUCCUCGUUUCUCUCACGCGGCAGCCAUUGUAGGCAGCAAGAUGGUAGUUUUUGGUGGUGAUUCUGGUCACCACUUGUUGGAUGAUACAAAGAUAUUGAAUCUGGAGAAGCUUACAUGGGAUUCUACCACCCCAAAAGUUCUUCCAUCGCCAAUUCGAUCUACUUCCAAGUUGCCAGCCUGCAAAGGUCAUUGUAUGGUUUCGUGGGGGAAUAGCGUUAUUCUUGUUGGAGGCAGAAGUGAGCCUGCUACUGAUCGUUUAUCAGUUUGGGCUUUCAAUACCGAAACGGAGAUUUGGUCACUGAUGGAAGCCAAGGGUGAUAUCCCUGCAGCUCGAAGUGGCCACACAGUGACCAGGGCAGGCGCUACGCUGAUAGUUUUUGGUGGUGAGGACACGAAAGGGAAGAAGCGUCAUGAUCUUCACAUGUUCGAUCUCAAGUCAUCAACAUGGCUUCCUUUGAACUAUAAAGGCUCCGGACCUUCUCCUAGAUCCAAUCAUAUUGCUGCAUUGUAUGAUGAUAGGGUCCUUUUAAUAUUUGGAGGCCACUCAAAAUCCAAGACCUUGAAUGAUCUAUUUUCUUUAGAUUUUGAGACAAUGGUAUGGUCAAGGGUGAAGACAAAUGGUCCUCACCCAUCGCCUCGAGCAGGGUGUAGUGGAGCUCUAUGUGGAACUAAAUGGUACAUCACUGGUGGUGGAAGCAAGAAGAAACGACAAGCGGAAACCUGGGUUUUUGAUGUUCUAGAAUCGAAGUGGACUGUUCGUGCAGUACCGCCUAGUUCCUCGAUUACUACAAAGAAAGGUUUCAGCAUGGUUCCUUUGUACCACAGGGACAAGAUCGUUCUUGUUGCUUUUGGAGGAAACAAAAAAGAUCCAUCCGACAAGGUUGAAGUAUUAGUGGUUCUGCAAAACGACCAUUCUUUUAGCUGGCGGUCUGCCCCAGAUGUAGACCCAUUGUUGUAUGAAUAUUCUCCAAGCACCAAAGAGCUCGCCGGGCAUCUCAACAAAUGUGCUCCCUUGUACUCUAAUAGUUCUGUUGCAAGGCACAGUCUAGCCUCUACAGUAGAGCGUGCGUCUAGAGAGGAGGAUGGAGCUCUGGGCACUUCGCUCCACAGGAAGUAUGGUCAAGUAGAAGACUGCAGCUUAGCCCAAAAGCUUGAGAAACCGAUCGAUGAUGACAAAUACGACGAUGCCGAUGAUUGUUCUUCGUGUCCGGCAAGCACCCCGAAAGAUCACCGGAGCAAGAGGACAGGGGCCGAUACUCAGACUGACAUGGCCAGAACUGUAGCCGUCAAGGAAGAAAAUGCUGACAACCAAGGACCAAGUGGAAGAAGGAUAGCCAGGAGCUCUUCAGACAUCAGCCAUCUGUACAACACCAAAAUAACAGACUUGAUCAGAAGGAACGCGGCGCUUGAGGACCAGCUUGCGGCCGCACUGGCAAGCAAAGAGCAGGCAGAGAAGAACCUGUCCUUGGUCAUGAGUAGUAGGGAGCAGCUGGAGAAGAGGCUGGCCAGCAGGGGAAAGGAGGCUGAGCUGCUCAAGGAGAAGAUAGCAGGCUUGGAGUUGGCACAAGAGGAGUCUAACAGCCUGUCUAACGCCGUGCACGCCGACAAUGUGCGCCUCGAGCGGGAAGUGGCGUUCCUCAAGGCCGUCGCGGAUGAGACCCGAAAGGAGAUGCAUUCCACCCGCAGAGUUUUGGCGGGAGAGCAGUCACGGACGUUCCAACUACAGGUUGAGGUGUUCCAUCUGAAGCAGCGGCUGCAAACGGCGGAAGGAAGAUCUGGAACGCCAAGGAAGCCUCAUAAUCCUUAGUAGCCAAAAGAAGCGGGGUGAGUUCAUGAUCAUGUACUUGUGCUAAAUAUAUGGGCUGUGGUUUGUAAAUUGGCUUGUACAUCCAUUUUAUAGUUGAGCCUAUAUGUAACAAUAGGUUCUGUGUGUGAAUCAUUGUGCUUCAUAGAUUGAUAUUUGAAAGAUUUACUGUAGAUAGUCGACUGAGAGCAACUGCUUAUGAUUGUCAACUUAAUAACUGAAGUAAUUUACAAAUACUGUUGCAUU